AUGGAGACCUCGCUGCUCUCAGGCCUUGUAGUAGUCCAGCCUGUUCUUACCAAGCCCCCAAACGAAGGAAUAUCUCGUCCAUUGACAGCCCCGCCAAAGACUGUCUCGAGAACACAUAUUGGUUCAGCCCAGAGAGGAUCGUUUGACCUCGAGAUUCUACCAGUCCGAGAUGAUGAGAAACCAGACAAUGCAUCUUCCAACCAUGGCGACGACUUAGAAAUGAGUCAACCGGAUCGUCCAGAUCCGAAUGCUGAGACUGUCGAAGUUGUAACAACUAUCUGGGAACCCUUCAUGAAUCGCUUCAGGCUUCUCUCUACCUGUCUAUCCCAAAUAAACAAUGCCCUUAGCGAUGGUGCUACUGGUGCUUUGAUCCCCUAUAUGGAGAAGUACUAUGACAUUGGCUAUGCCACUGUAUCUCUCAUUUUCGUCGGUAAAGCCAUUGGAUUCAUUGCAGCGGCCGUAUUCAUAGACAUACUUAAAGCAAAACUCGGUCGAGCCAGACUUCUUGGUUUGGGCCAGACCCUCGUCACUCUGGCAUAUAUCCCCAUCAUCUGCGGAGCCCCUUUCGUCGUUGUCGUUCUAUCAUUCUUCUUUAUUGGCUUCAGCAUCUCGAUCAAUGUGGCCAUCGGAAACCUCUUCUGUGGUGGGCUUCAGAACGGAACCUUCAUGCUGGGUGUACAGCAUGGGACUUACGGAAUAGGGGCUACUAUCGGCCCUCUCAUUGCGACCGCCCUCGUUACAGCUGCUAAAACCGUGUGGAAUAAAUACUAUAUUAUCACCUGUGUACUCGGAGCUCUAACUGUCGCAUUAGGAAUGUGGUCGUUCUGGAGAUACGAACAGGAGUUGAGUCCUACGGCGCGCCAGAGAGAGACGGCUCAAGUUGGAGACUCGAUAUCGAACAGCACCUUUCUUGCGAUGAAUUUGCGGAUCGUAUUUCUUGGUUCACUCUUCAUCUUUGCCUACCAGGGAGCUGAGGUUUCUAUCUCUGGCUGGGUCAUUUCUUUUCUCAUCAACGACCGCGAUGGUGACCCUUCUUCAGUUGGUUAUGCAACAGCAGGUUUCUGGGCUGGUAUCACCAUCGGUAGAUUCCUCCUUUCUGCCCCUGCGCAGAGAAUUGGCGAGAAGGCGCUUGUGUAUGGCCUCAUCUUAGGAGCCGUUGCUUUUCAGCUUCUCGUCUGGCUCGUUCCUAACAUCGUGGGCAACACCAUUGCAGUAUCUGUCGUGGGUCUUCUCCUUGGACCUAUCUACCCAUGCGCUUCGGCUGUCUUCCUUCGAGGCAUGAGUCGACGGGAGGCUUUGACUGGCAUUGGAACCAUUAAUGCUUGCGAUAGUGCAGGCGGAGCUAUUGCGCCCUUCGUUACGGGUCUUCUGGCUCAGGCAUUUGGUACCUUUGUCCUUCAUCCGAUUGUGAUUUUCCUGUUUGUUGUCAUGUUGUUGUGCUGGUAUUUUCUUCCAGCUGAGGAAAAGAGGACGGACUGA